AUGUACCAGAGUUUGGUAUACAGGGUUCGAGAGGAGACGCUCUUCGAGGCUCUGACCACCCGGAAGACCGUGACCGUGGGGGAGAAACUGAUUGUGCCAUACAAGCUGGCUGAGGCUGGCACAGUACGGGACUCCAUGGCCAAGUCUCUGUACAGCGCCCUGUUUGACUGGAUAGUGUUCAGGAUCAAUCACGCACUGCUCAACGCCCGGGAUCUGGAGGAGUCCACAGAGAUCCUGUCCAUUGGUGUUCUUGAUAUCUUUGGGUUUGAAGACUACGAGAACAACAGCUUCGAACAGUUCUGCAUCAACUUUGCCAACGAGCGGCUUCAGCACUACUUCAAUCAACACAUUUUUAAGCUUGAACAGGAAGAGUAUCGGGCGGAGGGCAUCACCUGGCACAACAUCGACUACAUUGACAACACCAGCUGCAUCCACCUCAUCAGCAGGAAACCCACAGGACUGCUCCACCUACUGGACGAGGAGUGCAACUUCCCGCAAGCGACCAACCAGACGCUGCUGGAUAAGUUCAAGCGGCAGCAUGAAGGGAACAGCUACAUUGACUUCCCAGCCGUCAUGGAGCCCGCAUUCAUCAUCCGCCACUACGCCGGCAGGGUCAAGUACCGGGUGAAGGACUUCAGGGAGAAGAACACGGACCACAUGCGGCCCGACAUCGUGGCUCUGCUGAAGAGCAGCAAGAACGCCUUCAUCGGCGGGCUGAUCGGGAUCCACCCUGUGGCUACCUUCCGCUGGGCCGUGCUGCGGGCCUACUUCAGGGCAGUGGUGGCCUUCCGCAUGGCCGGCAAGAGAUACGUGGAGAAGAAGGGUGGGCAUGAUGAUUCGGCUCCAUGUGCAGUGUUGAAAAGUGUGGAUAGUUUUAGCUUUCUGCAUCAUCCUGUGCAUCAGAGAAGCUUAGAGAUCCUGCAGAGGUGCAAAGAGGAGAAGCACAGCAUGACCAGAAAGAGUCCACGCACGCCUCUCUCUGACCUGCAGGGCAGCAACACGCUACACGACAGACCGCCACGGGAGGGCUGGAACGGUCGGUCUCCGAUGCAGAGUCGCCUGUCCUCCACCGGCUCUGGCGGCUCGGAAGAAGACGGCAUCUUUGUCAACUCCACCAGCAGCAAACUCCUGGAACGAGCCCAUGGCAUCCUCAUGAGGAAUAAGAACUACAAGAUGAAGCCAAGUCUUCCAAAGCAUCUGCUGGAUGUGAAGUCUCUCAAGUACCUGAGCAAUCUCACACUGCAAGACCGCAUCACCAAAUCCCUCCUGCACCUUCACAAGAAGAAGAAGCCACCUAGCAUCAGUGCCCAGUUCCAGGUGUCUCUUAAUAAACUGAUGGAGACCCUGGGCCAGUCCGAGCCCUACUUUGUUAAAUGCAUCCGUUCAAACGCAGAGAAGCUUCCCCUGCGAUUCAAUGAUGUCCUUGUCCUGAGGCAGCUACGGUACACAGGCAUGCUGGAGACGGUGCGCAUCAGACAAUCAGGAUAUCCUAUCAAGUACACUUUCCAGGACUUUGCUCGCCAUUUCCAUGUGCUGUUACCGGAGGGAUCCCACACCACCCAAGAAAGCAUCAAAAACGUCCUAUGCCAAGCAGACUUCGCCCCUGAUACCUUUCAAGUGGGACACUCAAUGGUGUUCUUGCGAGAGGCUGAAAGGCAGCGGCUGCAGGACAUGCUCCACCAGGAGGUGUUGCAGCGGAUCGUGGCCCUUCAGCGCCGUCUCCGAGCCACACUGGAGAGAAGGCACUACCUCAAGAUGAGACAGGCGGCUUCCCUCCUCCAGCAAUGGUGGCGGGAAUGCCUGUCGAGGCAGGCUGAGGAGGAAGAUGAGGAAGAGGAGGAUGACCCAGCUGUCCAGCAGGAGGCAGCGGUUUGCCUGCAGGCAGCUUGGAGAGGCUACAGGGAGCGUAGGAGGCUCCUCCUCUGGAGACGAGCAUCCUUGACCAUCCAGAGGAGCUGGCGGCAGUGCCGUCACAGGAGAGCGGAAGCAGCCUGCGUCAUUCAGGCCGCCUGGCGCGGCCACAGGGAGCGGGAGAGCUACCGCAGGCUGCAGCGCUCAGUGCUGCUCAUUCAAGCUGCCAGCAGGGGAUUUUUGGCAAGGCAGAGAUUCAGAGACUUGAAAGAACAGAAGUUAAAAGAGGCUGAGCUGCUGAAUGGACAGACGGGCCCCACACCAGAGGAGGAGAAGUUGAGGAUCAUGGGCCUGGACCUUAGCACUUGGGAGGACCGUUCAUGCGAGGAGAGGGAGAGAAGCCUUCAGAGACUCAACAGUGGCGCUGAGAUCUCAUUGGAUCCCUCGGAAGAAGCACAGGAAGUAAGCGUUUCAGAGCUGACCAGAAGCGAAGGUGCUGCGCCGAGGAGCCCGUUGCAUAGCGUCGCCGUCAGAGACAGGGCAAAGACCCUCGACCAGGACUCCAACCAGAAGACAAGAGCCAAACGAGAAAGCCGCAGGAUGAGAGAGCUGGAGCAGGCCAAAUUCAGCCUGGAGCUGCUCAAAGUCCGCUCCACUGGUGGGGCAUCUCCAUCCGAGGAGCGACGCUGGUCUACAGAGCUGACCAUGGUCGAGACGGGCGGUCUCCACUCCCCUCAGGGUACACCCGACAGUCAGAGUUCGAAGGGCAGCUUUGAGAUACUCAACAUGGAGGAGUGCCUCAAAGAGAGGCCAACUUCAAGAACAGACGCUCUCAUUGAAGAAGCUCCUACAUCUCCGUCCUUAGGACCUCCAGAGCAACCUGAGGUCUAUCCCAUGAGCCCUCAGUCCGCCAACCCUCCAGAGACACCAGUGCCUGAUGUCCCCUCCAGCAGUCCAGCGAAAGCAGAACCUGCCAGCCCACCUGCAGUCAUCCCCAAGGUGGAGAACUACCUCCCAACGUUCUACGUCCCCUCUGCAGACAGCAGCAAUUCCGCCGUCCCCAAACCACAGACUCCGGGGAAGACCCUGAAGGAAAGAAGAGAGUCUUCCCGCAGGCCUGUGGUAGUAUUGAUCAGCAUGCAGAAGGAGACCGUCCUAGAAGAACCGAUGCCUCCCGAAGUCAAGGACAGCUCCAUGCAGACCAGCGAGCCCCCGAGUCCGCUGCAGGUGGACGGCAAUGAGAACCUGCAGCCGGUGUCUGUUCUGGAGAAGCUGGAGAAGCUGAACGAGGAGAAGGAGGAACGGCAGAAGCAGCAGCAACAGCAGCAGGAGAAGGAGAUGAUGCAGCAGAUCCGACAGCAGAAGGAGGCUCUGGAGAGGCAGCGCAAGCAGAUUGCACAGAUCGAGCGGGAGAGGUUCGAGAAGCAACGGGACGAGGCCCAACAGAAGAUCGAGCAGAGCAGGCAGGUGGUUCAAGUCCCGGAAUGGGACAGGAAGGAGUUCCUCGAGGGGAAACCAGUGAGGCCCGCCUCCCUGAAUGUUGGUCAAGUCCGAGCUCCAAAGGCCGAGCCAGAAGUUGUAACCCUCCCAGAGCCCACCGCACAGUUGCCCCCUGCAUCUCAAAACCAGGGUAAAAGCGUGGCCCCAUUCUCCACUGUAAGAGAACGACCAAGGGAUCGAAGGACUAUGCCAGAAGGAUGGGCGCCUAAGCUUACGCUGGAAUCACGAGAUGGCACUAGAGGAAGGGCGCAGAGGAAGGCUGCUACGCAGAGUGUUAACAUUAACAUGACGGAGAGGUCAUCUGGAAACAUGUUCUUCUCCCCUAAGGAUAGGGUCUCCUUCUCCAAGUUUGACAAAGAUUCUGUCAGCCAGGAGAGGUCUGCAGCAAGUCUAAAGGAAACAUCAUCUGGUUUCAGAGCCAAAGAAAUGAAAGGACGAGAGGUUGGUAUACCCGUCCAUAGAAAGAAAGCCCGCAUGGCGCGGACACGUUCUGAUUUCCUCACCCGGGGACCCACCCCACAGGGGGAGGGUCAUUCGGAUGAAGACGAGUGCGAUGACCCCCCUCUCUCCCCCGGCCUGCCCCUGUCCGGCGAGCAGGAGGCCGAGGAGGGGGCCGCAGCGGCGGACACGAGUCACAGUGACUCAGAAAUGCCUUCCAUCGGCUCUGAAGACCAAAAACGGUUGCAUAAAGUCUUGUCAGCUGGAGAGUUGGGCAAAGCGGAUUCUCUGAGGAAAAACUCUGGAGAUGGAAGGGUACGAGGGAAGAUGCGUUUCUGGGGUAAGGGGAAGCAAGGCGACAAAAAGCCCUCCAGAGACCGGCUGGUGUGUGGGGCUGAUACACUUGAAGGGGACUAUGCUGAUACUGGCCUUCUACUAGGAGGUGGAGACUUCCUUUCUCCUCCACGCAGUCCUGAUCUGACGCUGGAGCGGGGCCGAGACUGUAAGGAGAACAAGGAGCCGUCGCCCAAGGUGAAGCGGAGACGCAGCGUGAAGAUCAGCAGUGUUGCCCUGGAAUCCGCUCAGUGGCAGAACGACUCUCUGCAGAUCCUUACCUGUGCCUCUGACUACAAGACCAUGAAUGAGUUUCUUAUGAAGAAGAUUAAUGACCUUGACACUGAAGACAGUAAGAAGGACACUUUGGUGGAUGUUGUGUUCAAAAAGGCACUGAAGGAAUUCCGUCUGAAUAUCUUCAACUCCUACUCUACUGCCUUAGCCAUGGAUGAUGGGAAGAGUAUCCGCUACAAGGACCUGUACGCACUCUUUGAGCAGAUCCUGGAGAAGACCAUGCGACAGGAGCAGAGGGACUGGAGUGAGUCUCCUGUGAAGGUGUGGGUGAACACUUUCAAAGUCUUCUUGGAUGAGUUCAUGACGGAAUACAAGCCACUAGAGAGCACCUUAACCAAGGCACCAAAGCCUGACCGCAAAAAAAGAAGGAAAAAGGACGCUGAUAUAGUGGAAGAGCACAACGGGCACAUUUUUAAGUCCACCCAGUAUAGCAUCCCCACCUACUGCGAGUACUGUUCCUCCCUCAUCUGGAUGAUGGACCGGGCCUGUGUCUGCAAACUGUGCCGGUAUGCCUGUCACAGGAAGUGUUGUGCCAAGACGACAACCAAAUGCAGCAAGAAGUUUGACCCAGAGUUGUCUUCGAGGCAGUUUGGUGUUGAGGUGUCUCGUUUGACCAAUGACGAGCGAACUGUGCCCCUUGUGGUGGAGAAGCUCAUCAACUACAUAGAGAUGCACGGCCUCUACACGGAGGGCAUUUACAGGAAGUCGGGCUCAACCAAUAAGAUCAAGGAGCUGAAACUGGGACUGGACACGGAUGUGAGCAGCACAAACCUGGACGACUACAACAUCCAUGUCAUAGCCAGCGUGUUCAAGCAGUGGCUGCGUGACCUGCCCAAUCCGCUCAUGACCUUUGAGCUGUACGAGGAGUUCCUCCGAGCCAUGGGUUUGCAGGAUAAGAAAGAAACGAUCAGGGGUGUGUACGGUGUGAUCGAUCAGUUGAGCAGGACUCACCUCAACACACUGGAACGCCUCAUCUUCCACCUGGUCAGGAUCGCGCUGCAGGAAGACACCAACCGCAUGUCUGCCAACGCCCUCGCCAUUGUCUUUGCCCCCUGCAUCCUGCGCUGCCCCGACACCAUCGACCCACUGCAGAGUGUGCAGGACAUCAGCAAAACCACGGCGUGUGUGGAGCUAAUCAUUGGGGAACAGAUGAAUAAGUACAGGGCUCGACUGAAGGACAUCAACAGCCUGGAGUUUGCGGAGAACAAAGCCAAAAAUAGGCUAACCCUCAUCAGGAGAUCGAUGAAACCCGUAGUAAUCGCUGUUAGAUUUAUCAGCAUUGCCCGCAGUGCCACCCCGGGUAAAGGCCGCGUGCGGCGGAUCAGCUACCACACGCCCUCGCCGCCGGUGAGCCCGCGCCUGGCCCCGAGCUCAGAGCCCGUGGAGGAGAGCUGGCCAGAGGAGCCGCCGGCGCCCCGAGAGCCCGAGCUGUCCGAGCAGCAGCAAGUGGCCAUGCAGCAGGAGGAGCGGGUCCUCACCGAGCAGAUCGAGAACUUACAGAAAGAAAAGGAGGAGCUGACGUAUGAAAUGCUGGCCCUGGAGCCGAGAGCGUCGGAUGACGAGACGCUGGAGUCUGAGGCGUCGAUCGGAACCGCAGACAGCUCUGAGAACCUGAACGUGGACUCGGAGGGAGCCACGUCGGACUUCUCUGAGAGAGGCCCAGCUCUGGCAGCUGCGGCCAGGCCCAGGAAGACUGAGGCCAAGAGCCGACGCACGCUGAGGCGACAGCCCGACUCCCUGGACUCGGUGGACUCGGCCUCCACCGCCUCCUCCUCGGUCUCGUCCAGCUACCUGCACCCGCCGUCCUCCGCAUCGUCCUCCCGCACGCGGCGCUUCCGCUUCCGCUCCAAGUCGCCCUCCUCGGCGACCCUCGGCCGCUCCAACAACGGCAACGAGAGCGGCGGCAGCAUGGAGGUGGCCGAGCAGGACCCGCACGAGGAGCGCGCUCAGUUCAUCAGCCGCGGCACUUUCAACCCGGAGAAGGGCAGGCAGAAGCUGCACGGCGCCAGAGCCCUUCAGCACUCUGCUGCAGAGGCCAGUGGCCACCACAAGAGGGAGCCAGAUUUGCAGUCGCAGCAGCAGCAACAGCAGCAGCAGCACCUAGUACUGUACGGCAGCAACGAGUUCAUGGUGUGAAGAGACCAUCGCGGGCCAGUCAUCUUCACACACACACACAUACGCGCGGAAAAAACACGGGAGGAGAACACUCCCUGGCUCCAGCUCAUCCCUUUAUCUAUCCUCCACCAAACACACACACGCACCCACACACACACACACACACAUAUAUACACACACCGACUUCCUCCCCAUGCCACUUGCACUCAGCCACCCUUGCUGGGGGACAGGAUAGCAGAUGAGCUCUCCUCUGCCUUUCCAAGUGCCAAUCCUAGCUGAGAUGUGGAGAGGCAGAGACGCACGUGGAAGAGGAAGCUGAGUAGAGGAGGAGGAGGAAGAAGAAGAAGAAGAAGAAGAAGAAGAAGAAGAAGAAGAGGGCAGCAGCUGGGUCACCAGAACUGCCAGGCUGGACGGGAGGACGUGUGCCUCCACCCACCCCCACCUCGCUUGCCUUCAGAGCCGGGGCGGAGUUUUGGAAUUAGGGAGGUGGGGGCAGCAGGGAGAGGGGUGUGGACAGAGCAAAGGGAAUGGUGACUACUGUGGUAGGCGUGAUUCCGACUCCGAUGGUGGACGUUCCACUGGAUGCGAGGAGGGACUGAACGCCUUGCAACGGACCAUGGAGACAAAGCCAUUGAGCAGCGCAGACUCCACAAACUUCAGCAACUACCCCCAACCUUCCCCCAGCUUGGCUGCUUAACGUUUACAGUUUGUACAGACACAACCAGUAAUAAGCGGCGUGCUCUGACAAGACAGAAAAUCUGUUUCUCCCCCCUCCCCACACAUGCCUAUUUAAUACAUUUUAAUAAUGUGGAAUAUAAAUAUAUAUAUAUAAAUCUAUAUAAAUAUAUUAUGUGAUAUACAUAUAUAUAUUAAACCGUGUAUAAAGUCGGAACACCAGCAGUCGCUGGGUUGUUGAGUUUAAGUAUUUAUCAUUAUGCUUGUCCUGCAUAUGGUCAAAGAGAUUUUUGGAUUUAGCUGACUCAGUUAGAGUGAGCAAGUAAGCGUGCACACACACGCCUGUGUGUGUGAGUGUGUGUGCGUGCGUUUGCAGGUGUGUUUGGAAAAAAAAAAGAAACCACUUGAUGUGUUUGAAGUGUGUGCUGCUUCUUUUCCUCCUUUGAGGAACGUGCCGUCAUCAAAGGGACCAAGCUAGCUGGUGUUUGAAAGCUAGAGGAUCCCAGCUAUGUGAAGACUUUCAGAUGUACAUAACACAGAAUACUGUACAAAAAAAAUCACCUCUUUGUAACAGCUGUUCAAAAGCUGGUAUGUAUGAAGUUGAGAUGAUGAUGCCAUUUUCAGUUUACUUUUAGUAACAUUUUUUAUCAAACUUGUUGGCAAUGUCUGUUCUAUUCUGAAAAAGCAACUAAAACACA